AUGGUGUCUAUGAUGUAUUAUAAAAAGCCGGAAGUUCCAACGACAAAUUCAAAAAUUUCGAUUAAACAGGUACAGUUAGGGUUUAAAGUCCAAAGUUCACAAACGACAAAAAUUAUUCUCACACACAAUCAAAAAUUAAUUGUUAAUGGCGAAAUACAGGUAUCGGAUGAGAGGCUGGGGGAUUGUAUGUGUGUGGAUGAGGCAAUCUACGGGUGUGGACGAGAGGAUGGCCAAUCUAUGGGUGUGGAUGUGAGGAUGGUGCAAUCUAUGGGUUUGGAUGAGAGGAUAGGGCAAUCUAUGGACGUGGUUGAGAGGAUGGGGCAGUCUAUAGGUGUGGACGAGAGGAUGGAGCAAUCUAUGGUUGUGGACGAGAGGAUGAGGUUAUCUAUGGGUGUGGAUGAGAGGAUGGGGCAAUCUAUGGGUGUGGAUAAGAGGAGGGGGCUAUCUAUGAGUGUGGAUGAGAGGAUGGGGCAAUCUAUGGGUGUGGAUGAGAGAAUGGGGCAAUCUAUGGGUGUGGAUGAGAGAAUGGGGCAAUCUAUGGGUGUUGAUGAGAGAAUGGGGCAAUCUAUGGGUGUGGAUGAGAGGAUGGGGCAAUCGAUGGGUGUGGAUGAGAGGAUGGGGCAAUCUAUGGGUGUGGAUGAGAGGAUGGGGCAAUCUAUGGGUGUGGAUGAGAGGAUGGGGCAAUCUAUGGGUGUGGAUGAGAGGAUGGGGAAAUCUAUGGGUGUGGAUGUGAGAAUGGGGCAAUCUAUGGGUGUGGAUGAGAGGAUGGGGCAAUCUAUGGGUGUGGAGGAGAGCAUGGGGCAAUCUAUGGGUGUGGAUGAGAGAAUGGGGCAAUCUAUGGGUGUUGAUGAGAGGAUGGGGCAAUCUAUGGGUGUGGAUGAGAGGAUGGGGCAAUCUAUGGGUGUUGAUGAGAGAAUGGGGCAAUCUAUGGGUGUGGAUGAAAGAAUGGGGCAAUCUGUGGGUGUGGAUGAGAGAAUGGGGCAAUCUAUGGGUGUGGAUGAGAGAAUGGGGCAAUCUAUGGGUGUGGAUGAGAGGAUGGGGCAAUCUAUGGGUGUUGAUGAAAGGAUGGGGCAAUCUAUGGGUGUGGAUGAGAGAAUGGGGCAAUAUAUGGGCGUGGAUGAGAGAAUGGGGCAAUCUAUGGGCGUGGAUGAGAGAAUGGGGCAAUCUAUGGGUGUGGAUGAGAGAAUGGGGCAAUCUAUGGGUGUGGAUGAGAGAUGGGGCAAUCUAUGGGUGUGGAUGAGAGAAUGGGGCAAUCUAUGGGUGUGGAUGAGAGAAUGGGGCAAUCUAUGGGCGUGGAUGAGAGAAUGGGGCAAUCUAUGGAGGAUGGGGCAAUCUAUGGGUGUGGAUGAGAGAACGGGGCAAUCUAUGGGUGUGGAUGAGAGAAUGGGGCAAUCUAUGGGUGUUGAUGAGAGAAUGGGGCAAUCUAAGGGUGGUUUUGAGAGGAUGGGGCAAUCUAUGGGUGUGGAUAAGAGAAUGGGGCAAUCUAUGGGUGUGGAUGAGAGAAUGGGACAAUCUAUGGGUGUGGAUGAGAGAAUGGGGCAAUCUAUGGGUGUUGAUGAGAGGAUGGGGCAAUCUAUGGGUGUGGAUGAGAGGAUGGGGCAAUCUAUGGGUGUGGAUGAGAGGAUGGGGCAAUCCAUGGGUGUGGAUGAAAGGAUGGGGCAAUCUAUGGGUGUGGGUGAGAGGAUGGGGCAAUCUAUGGGUGUGGAUGAGAGGAUGGGGCAAUCUAUGGGUGUGGAUGAGAGAAUGGGGCAAUCUAUGGGUGUUCAUGAGAGGAUGGGGCAAUCUAUGGGUGUGGAUGAGAGGAAGGGGCAAUCUAUGGGUGUUGAUGAGAGGAUGGGGCAAUUCUUGGGUGUGGACGAGAGGAUGGGGCAAUUCAUGUUUGUGGAUGAGAGUAUGGGGCAAUCUAUGGGUGUGGAUGAGAGGAUCGGGCAAUCUAUGGGUGUGGAUGAGAGGAUGGGGCAAUUCUUGGGUGUGGACGAGAGGAUGGGGCAAUUCAUGUUUGUGGAUGAGAGGAUGGGGCAAUCUAUGGGUGAGGAUGAGAGAAUGGGGCAAUCUAUGGGUGUGGAUGAGAGGAUCGGGCAAUCUAUGGGUGUGGAUGAGAGGAUGGGGCAAUUCUUGGGUGUGGACGAGAGGAUGGGGCAAUUCAUGUUUGUGGAUGAGAGGAUGGGGCAAUCUAUGGGUGAGGAUGAGAGAAUGGGGCAAUCUAUGGGUGUGGAUGAGAGGAUGGGGCAAUUCUUGGGUGUGAACGAGAGGAUGGGGCAAUUCAUGUUUGUGGAUGAGAGUAUGGGGCAAUCUAUGGGUGUGGACGAGAGGAUGAGGCUAACUAUAUGUGUGGAUGAGAGGCUGGGUCAAUCUAUGGGUGUGAAUGAGAGGAUGGGGCAGUAUAUGGAUAUGGACGAGAGGAUGGGGCAAUCUAUAGGUGUGGAUGAGAGGAUGGGGCAGUCUAUGGAUAUGGACGAGAGGAUGGGGCAAUCUAUGGGUGUGGAUGAGAGGAUGGGGCAGUCUAUGGAUAUGGACGAGAGGAUGGGGCAAUCUAUGGGUGUGCAUGAGAGGAUGGGACAAUCUAUGGGUGUGAAUGAGAGGAUGGGGCAGUCUAUGGAUAUGGACGAGAGGAUGGGGCAAUCUAUGGGUGUGGAUGAGAGAAUGGGGCAGUCUAUGGAUAUGGACGAGAGGAUGGGGCAAUCUAUGGGUGUGGAUGAGAGGAUGGGAAAAUCUAUGGGUGUGGAUGAGAGGAUGGGGCAGUCUAUGGAUAUGGACGAGAGGAUGGGGCAAUCUAUGGGUGUGGAUGAGAGGAUGGGACAAUCUAUGGGUGUGGACGAAAGGAUGUGGCAAUUUAUGGGUGUUGCUGAUAAGAUGGGGCAAUUCAUGGUUGUGGAUGAGAGGUUGGGGCAAUCUAUGGGUGGGGAUGAGAGGAUGAGGCAAUCUAUGGGUGUGGAUGAAAGGUCUUUCCAAUUCAUGUGUGUGGAUGAGAGGAUGAGGCAGUCUAUGGAAGUGGACGAGAGGAUGGGGCAAUCUAUGGGUGUCGAUGAGAGGAUGGGGCAAUUAAUGAGUGUGGUUGAGAGGACGAGGCAAUCUAUGGAUUUGGACGAGAGGAUGGGGCAAUCUAUGGAUGUGGACGAGAGGAUUGGGCAAUCUAUGGGUGUGGAUGAGAGGAUGAGGCAAUCUAUGGGUGUGGAUGAAAGGUCUUUACAAUUCAUGUGUGUGGAUGAGAGGAUGAGGCAAUCUAUGGGUGUGGACGAGAGGUUGGGGCAAUUCAUGGGUGUGGAUGAGAGGAUGAGGCAAUCUAUGGAUUUGGACGAGAUGAUGGGGCAAUUCAUGGGUGUGUAUGAGGAUGAGGCAAUUUAUGGAUGUGGAUGA